AUGGGUGGCUUUGACCGCGAGGCCCAACGUCUUCGUCGGAACUCGACCAAUCUGAUAUCUCAGCGUCGCACCACAGUGGCAGUGGCACCCUCAUUGACUGGCAGGAGUUCACCACCUAUGCAUUCACGAAGGCCUAAGGCCGUCAGUAGCGCCUCCUUCUUGGACUCCACUGGGAGAAGGCAACAGCAACAACACCCUGGCUCGUCGUCGUCCCAGCAUGGACGGUCGAUGAGUGCUGCUGCGUUCAAGAGUCAACACAUAGCGUGGAAUAGAGAGCUUACCAAUCCUAACGCUACGGCCCAGCAGAUCUUGGCACUUGCUAAAAAACACUGUGCUCAGUUCAACAGCGUCAACUGGGCCACCACCUUUCACCGCUUGGCAAAGUUCCACUUGCAUGAGGCUAAGAGUGAACAUUCCCUCGAGAUUCAGACUUUGCUCGGGAAAUGCGACUCGGUCGAAGGUUUUGCACCCCAGCAUUUGGCCACUCUGGCCUGGGCUAUGGCUAAGCUUCACAUUGUUGACCACGACCUCUUAUCGAGAGUUGUUCACAAAUCAUUGACUUUGCAUAGUGAUUUGAAGCCGCAGGAUUUGGCUAAUCUCAGUUGGGCUCUCGCUCGCCUCGACUGCCCAGAGAGCGAUCUCAUGUACGAAUGUGUCUGCCAGAAGAUCAUGUACGAUAGAGGUUGCCUCUCGCAGUUCAAGCCUAUGGAGCUGGCCUCGGUCAUGUGGGCUAUCGCUACUGCGGCAUACGACUUCAAUGGCGAUAUAUGCAAAGUAUGUGAAGUGGUCGCACGCUUCUCCUUGAAGCACUGGGCAUUGAGUGAAUUCUCACCCCAGGCGAUAGCAAACAUGUCAUGGUCCUUGAGCUACUACUAUCAGGGCAACAGCCUCAACAAUGACAAUGUUAAUAAUGCCGGUGACAACGCUACACGCGAAGGGGCGGAUAACACCGGUUAUUGA